AUGAGUGGCAACUCAUUCAAAGAUCUAGUAUAAAGAGGAAAUGAUGACGUUUGCGAGACUUGCAAAGUUUAGUACACACAAAAGGAUUAUCAUUAUUUGAUAAGUAGCAAUUCAACUUAGACUGAUUAAAACACCACUGUCACUCUUUAAAAUAAUAAAAGCGACAGUAAUGUUACUUCUUCUCCUCAAAAAGUUGAUUCACCAACGAAUUCUACUUCUCAAGCCAGUUUAUCUAAGGAUAACACAAACUAAACUGACAAUGCUACCAUUGCAGCUACUUCCGUUUAAUAAAAUAUUACCAUUGAGGGUAACGGUGAAUCAAAACCAGAAAACGAAACAUUGAGGUAACCUAUAAAUUUUUCAACAAAGGAUACAAAUGAAUUAAUAAGACCUAGAAAUCCAUCAUCAUCUAAAUAUUGGAUUCCUGAUGUUGAAAGACAGAGGUCAUAGAUAUCGAGAAGUUUAAAACUUUCUUAAUUACUCGAGAGUAAAUAUGCUGAUUAUUGA